CUCUUCUCCAACGACGUCGACUACAAAGAGCAAUGACACGAGUUAGACAUAAGCGGACACACCAUGCACGACGAGACGUCUCGCGGGCCGCGCGGACACGCGCGCGGAAGCUCGAUCCCGACCAGAUCCAGGCCAACAUGAACGACGCGGCCGUGCUGGCCGCGCUGCAGAACCCCACGUCGCUCGAUGUCGAUAAGCCCGGCCUGGGCCUCUUUUACUGCGUGCCCUGCGACCGCCACUUCCCCAGCGAGGCCGACCGGGAAAAGCACGGGCGGAGCAAGCUGCACAAGCGCGUAUGCAAGAAGAUGGAGCAGGAAAAGGCCUACACCGUCGAGGAGAGCAUGUGGGCCGCCGGCGUCGGCGUCGACAACAAGCAGCGCGGCAGCGCAGCCGGUGACAACAAGAAGCAAACGGCUGCCUCGUCGGCGUAGGCUUGGCCUUUUUCCCCGCAUACAGAGCACUCCAUCGAGCUCGCCCGCACCCUGUAUUUGUAUUUCGGCAUCGUUGUUGUCCCUUCUCAAUUGUCACGCCCUCUGUUCCUAUGACCUUGUUGUCUUCUGCUCCCAGGGAAGGAUCAGUCCAACUGUCUGGAUCCCAAUCCCAAUGAAAGCUGGAGUGGAGCCAGCCGUGCGCGGAGAGAGAGAGUCCAGGCCCUCAAAGUCGCUAGGAUUCAUCAUCUCUCCCCUUGUGUGGCCGCGACCAUUUUCCAAGACAAGUCAAGAAGAGCGAAAAGAUGAAAUGAGAGACUUCCAGUCAAGCGG